CUUAUUUUGCAUUUUUUUGUUUACGACAAGUUUCUUUUUUCAUUUGUUAGCACUGUACAAAUAACUACACAUACCAGUGACUCCUAGCAACAUGCCACCGACUGGUCAGCAACUCACGGACAGAGAAGCAGCACUGCUGACGGACGACAUCAACGAGGAGGAGCUGGAUGCGCUGACCCAGUCGAUGCGGUCGGUCGAGCAGAAGCUAGCCCUGGUAUACACAGUGUUCAGGUCAUCUAUAUAUGCGCAUCUUAGCCAGCAAGAGAUGGCCGGGCAGACACAGGAUGAUAUGGCGGCGUACGGCGAUCAAUUUCAGACCAACUGCCCGCCGUUUGAGUAGCCAUUUGAAAGAUAAAAACGAAUAAUGUAUUUGUG